CAGGCCAUUACAGCGGCCCUCUGCCCCCCGCAGCCCCGCUCCCCUCCUCGCACUGCGGGCCCGUGACGCCGGUUGCCGUGGCAAGGCGCGCGCGCUCUCCCCGCCCGACCCCAAUCCCAAAACCGGCGGCUCCGCCGGGCGGCCCGACCAUGGCGGCGGAGGAGGAGGAGGCCGACGUGGAGUGGGUGGUAGACAGCAUCGCCGGGUUCCUGCGCGGGCCCGCCUGGUCCGUCCCCGUGCUGGAGUUCAUGGAGCAGAAGUGCGAGGUAUUUGACGAUGAAGAAGAAAGCAAGCUGUCUUACACAGAAAUUUAUCAGGAAUACCAAGCGCUGGUUGAAAAAUUAUUAGAAGGUUAUCUUACAGAAGUUGGCAUUACUGAAGAGAAAUUUCAGGAAGCUUUUUCAUCUCCUCUUGCAAAGACUCACACUUCUCAGGCCAUUUUGCAAACAGUACUGGCAGCAGAAGAUUUUAGACUAUUUAAAAAAAUGAUGGUACAGAAAAAUAUGGAAAUGCAGUUGCAAGCCAUUAGAGUCAUGAAAGAAAGAAAUGGUGUGUUGCCUGACUGUUUGACAGAGGGUUCUGAUGUAUUCAGUGAAAUUGAACAAGAAGAAAUGAAAGUACUCAGGGAGGUUUUAAGGAAAUCUAAGGAGGAAUAUGAAAUAGAGCAAGAAAGGAGAAGGACAGAAGAAGCAUGUGCUAAAAGCAAGUCACCAGCUGUGACCAGUAUUCCAGGAGAUUCAAGAGAAACUGUGGAAGUUAAGGAGUCUACUGAUGGAGCUGAUGGUUCUGAAGAAACUCCAAAAUUAUCAUUAGAGGAAUCUCGGAAAUCUGCAGUCCGCCCAUUACAGAGAGGUCCAGAGAGCUUACCUCAGCCUGCCAAAGGGAAGGAAGACACAAAGAAAAGAGCAUCUGGAAAAUGUGCAGAAAAUGCAGCACAGAAAACUGUAACAGAAGGACAAAACAUCCAGAGUACUCCAGAACUCGAUGAGCAGCAGCUGAAACAACGGGAGGACUACCUUAAGAAAAAACGAGAUAUGCUAAUAGCUGCAAAGAAAGAGUCAAGAAAUAAUAUAUUACCACCCCCAAGCACAGACCAGAAGGAAGAGGAACCAUCUCCCAAAGAGGAAAUUUCAGAAGAGAAGCAAAAAUUACUGCAGAAGAGGAAAGUGCUCGCAGAAAAACUAAAAGAAGAAGUUAUUAACAAGCGGUAGUUUUGAGAAGCUCAUUGCAGAUCUCUCCAGAGCACAGGCAUCUUUUAGAAUGAAUUACAUAACCAAUAACGGAACGGGUUUGUUUUCAAGUAUCUCACACUUGUUUUUAUAGAACUUUCAGACAACUCAUUCUGUACUUUGUAUAACAUGUUUGAAGUUAUGCUGAAAUACAUAAAAAAUGGAUUUUCCAGAAUGCUGGAAACUCACUGAUUUUCACUGGAAUGUGCUCAACAACGAGGCAGCUUCACAGCCUCUGCCAGUCAAAAAUACAAUAAAAGCAAACACGUGUCUGUUAAAAUAAUAGCUACAAAUGUGAACGAACAGAUUUGAAUAAAAUAACCUAAAACCUAGAAUAUCAGAAAUAAA